UAUUAACGUACUUUUAAGCGAAAGUGGAUAAAAUAAUUGAUACAAGGAAGGUUUCCAACCGCCCCAUAUAUCAUCCCUCGAAUAGAUAACGAUAUAAACCCAUAUUUAAGUCUAUUUCAACCUAUAAUGGGUGACUCAGCCGCAGCCUCCCUCUUAGCUGAGAGUACGUCUCUCGCGCAAAGCACACUGGAGCGCGCAACCCUCACUCGCCAGUCACGCUCGACUAACCACACCACAAGCACCGACAGAGAAGCCACCCCAAAACGGAGUGAGGCGAACCAUGGAGAGAGCGGAUUCUUCUGGGGUCUCGUGGUGGUGCUCCUGAUCUUAGCGUCGGGGAACCUCCUCCUCACCUUCUUUGCUAUGGGGGUUCUUCGGCUUGGCUACGGCAUGGAGAGCAUUGAAAUCUUGCCUGAUACGAGAGCAACGAAGUUCUACGGUCGUGCAGAUCUGGGCAACGUGUAUAAGAAGGAUGGCAUUAUAUAUGGCUAUGCUGAUGUUCCCUUCUCAAUCCAGGGGGAUAAUAGCAAGGUGUCACUUAGUCUGAGGACCUCUUCAGCACCUCCAUCUUUAGACGUUGGACCCGACGAAACUGAGAUUAAAAGUGUUGAAAGUUUUCAGGUAAUUGACCCAGAUUCUGGCAACACAGUCUUCUCCACCGAUUACCCCAACUUUGGACUUCCACAAGGCGUCAGAAAUCUAAAUGUGGUGAGAAGCACAGCUGCGCGUGUCACAAGUCCUACCUCGUCUGACCUGAAGAUUCGUUCAGGCUCUACUAUUCGCCUGAAGGGCAAUGAAGGAAUGUCAUUCGAUGCCAAAAAACUCACAUGGUCUGCGGAUCAAGACAUUUAUCUGAAGAGCAUCAAUGGGUCCAUCCUUCUGGACGCUGGAGCUGGAUAUAUGGUUGACGUCAACACUCUACCUCUGGCGGGUGAUGUGGAUGAUGAGAAUGGCCGCGGCCAAUACAAGCUGUGUAUGUGUAAGCCCCAAGGUCAGCUUUUCCGUGUCCCUGUGCCAGUCAAUAACAACAAGCGCACCUCUGCUAUUAACUGCGCUAGUUUUACUAAUCCUUGCACUGGAAUGCAUAUGUAGGGAGAAUAUGUGAGAGAUAUCUAUCACUCUUUCAUCAUUUACAUAAUGCUCUCUCUUUCUUUCUAUUCCCUUUCUCUUAUCUGCCCUCUCCUCUGUCCCUCUCCCUUUAUCUCUCUCCCUCUUUUCCUACUUCCCUCUCUCCCUCACUCCCUUCUCUCCCUCUCCUUCUCCCACCCCUUCUCCCACCCCUUCUCCCACCCCUUCUCCCACCCCUUCUCCCUCUUUCUCUCCUUUCCAGUCGAGUAACUGGGCUUGUGAACCAUAUCAAAUUAAAUUAUUGAAAUUAUUAUGUAUAACCAAAACUGAUAAUUUUUCAUAAGCCCCAGAUCAGUGAGAUGUAUUCCUACCAUGCAGAAUUGAAAUAUAAAACUGUUAUACUCUUGUCCUCUAAAUCUAGGAUUAAGUAUAAAAAAGUGAGAUUUUAAAAAAUAUAUGUUGUGCUGUAGAUUUAGUUUAUAUAUUCAUGUUGCUGAAAGAAGACAUAUUUCUAAACCAUAUCAAUUUAUUGGAAUCUUUAAUUUUUGAUAUCUAAAAAAAUGUAACCCAAAUGCACAAAACUAAUUCUAUCAGGGUUAAGUAUGUUAAUAAUUAUUGUACUACUACAUAAUCAAUAUUUUUUUCAACUAGUCAUGGGAUUCUAGUCAAUGAUAAUCAGGGCUGUCCAAACUUUUGGUUGCAUAUACAUGUAUUGUUUAUAUAGAGAAAAAUAAUAUAAGAAUAUCCACAGUUUAAGAGGAUAUGGCCAUGAUUAUAAUUGCAAUACCUGCAGAAAUAUUUUCAGUUAGAAGAUCUAUAUGUGUUAACUUGUAGGUCAUUUUUUUUUCUUUUUGGUAUAAUAAAUAUGAAUUGGCUGUAAUGUACAAAUGUACAAAGUUGAUUGAGUGUUGGAUGCAUGUUGGAGAGCCCUGAUUGUGUAAUUGUGCCUGUUUGCAAUCCUUACAAUCUGUUGUUUAGAAUUAAGAUAAAUCAAACAAUACUUUAUGUUAUUCACAGUGAACAUAUCAGACCAAAAAAUCAAUGGUAUAUUUAAAUUAAGUCUGUAUCAUAUACACAGAAUACAUUUACCAUCAGUGGCACAGCCAGAGGAGAGGGGGCACACAGGGAGAACAUGCUGCCCUCUAAAAAAUAUGUGAAUUGUUUAUUUAAUACUCAGCUUUGAACAGUUUAUUAAUGACAUCUGUAAGGUAAACAGCUCAGGCAUAUAUAUGUUGGAGAGAGGCAUCAUAGCCCCUCUUUCUUUGAAAGCUCUGGGAGCCCAAACCAUUUUCCAUCACAGAUCACUCUCCCCCUUUCCUAAAAUCCUGGCAAUACCGUUAUAUAUAAAAAUAUGCAUGUGCACAAAUAUAUAUAUAUAUAUAUAUAUAUAUAUAUAUAUAUAUAUAUAUAUAUAUAUAUAUAUGUGUGUGUGUGUCUAUAUAUAUACAUAUGUAUAUAUUUUAUAUAUACAUAUACUUAUCUACAUAUAUACUUAUAUACAUAUACAUACACAACUUUUUUGCCCAAGCUGGCUUCUUGGUUAGUUUAUAGUUAAUUUAUGUAUAGCAUAUUAUUUUCUGAAAUAAGUAUUAAGUGCUUUAUUUUAUUUGUUUAUUUUUUUCUAAUAUAUGCAGCAAUUUUAUAUAUUUAUGUCUUCCCAAAUUGCAGCUUCUUUUGUUCAAAUGUUGGUGCUGCUUUAAUUGUUUCUCCUGUAUGUCUUUCCAUUUUAUAGUAUAUUAUUUCCACAUAUCUACAAAAUCAGUAUAUGGAUGGUUGUAUAGAAUACUUUUACCUAACUCAAUAAUGGUGGGAAAAUUUUCUGAUAAAGUCAGGCAAGGAAGGUGUUUACGUAUACACACAGAACCAUAUCUGAGAAAGUAUCUAGCAUGGACAAGAUAAAGACUUUUGGCGAGAUAAGACGCCAUCCUUCGUCUGUGAAUAUUUUCCUCAACAUGGUAUGACAUCAGCCAUCACUAGUGGGUUAAUGGCAGCUUAUGUUGAGGUCCUGCUUUAUAUUUUUUAUUAAUUUAUUUAUUUUCUGAAUAUAUCAUUUGGUUUAUGAUAAGAAAGAUGAACUGUAUAUUAUUUAUUUCCCCUGAAUUUAUCAUGUAAGUUUGUUGUCAGAAAAUAUCUACAGUAAAAAUUAUAUCUGCAUUUCAUAAACCAAAGAGUGAAUGUGCAUAAUAAUAAUGACAAAAUCAAUUUAUAGAUCUGUAUAAAUUGAAUGUUCUAACUUCUGAAAGUUCAAAUUUUGGUUCAACAAGUGUCGAAAUGGCUUUACAAAAUAUUUAUUUAUGUUGCUAUUGUUGUGUUUUCGUUUGUUUGAUAUUCUAGUCAUAUGCUUCCAAAAGAUGCUGACUGCAUUUGUUUUUACAUCCAUGUUGUUAAAUAAAUCUAGUAAUACUUUG